GCAGUUCUUUUUAUUAUCCGUACAGCGCCAACAAACAGUAUUGUCCCCCUCUCUCUAUGCAUAAUAGAUGCCAGUCUAGUUAAUGCAUUAAUAGAAAUGCUCCGAUAAUUAUUAAAGAGGACUAAACAACUUGCUGUACAGGUGAUGCGAGGCAGUUUUCUGGAAGAUAAAUGAAGGUCGUUGAUGGAAUUAAAUUUCUUUAAAGAACAGACCUUUAGUUUGGUAUGAUGUUGCAGUGAAACAGCCCAUGAAGUUACAAGACUCUUCUCAAAUUAAUUGGAGAACGAACGACCAACCUACUCCAUUUACUGAAGAAGAUUUUGUUUGCCGAGAUUAUUAUGCCAUUCAACUUUUAAGGGUGUUCUCUGAAGCAACUAUCAACGCGAAUUAAAUCACUUUUGAUUUGGAUGAGAAGUAAUCUUUCAAUUUAUUGGAACUGCAAAAGUCGUCGGUCGUCGUUUUCUCUUAUGACAAGCACAAAUUUCAAUCAAGGUACAACAAUGAAAUAGCGAUACGGAUGGAGGUAUAGACCACAGUCAAAAUGAUAUGAAAUACUGACGGAACUUAAUCUUGUUUUAAUCUGAGCUGCAGUGAUCCAUCGUACAUACAGAAUGCUGCAACCGGGUAUCCACUUAGCCGACGUCGUCGACGAUAUCAUGAACGGCAAUGCCAUCUGCGACAUCGACGACAUCCCGCCGCCGGCCGAGGACGGGGAGGAGGAUAACUCCAAGAACGAAACGUCCAAAAGCGAGAAGAAACCCCGACAGAAUAAGUCGUACGUGACGGCGAAGACCCUCAAUGACCGCGAGGAGAGGAGGUUACAGAUCAAACUGAAUCACUACCAGAAAGAACUCAAACAAUCCACCUAUCAGAUUGACGUGGCCCAACGGGCGAUCAGGAGAGAGCUACAGAGUAUAAACCCGGAUCUUAUGGUGGACCCUAAUAAAGGAUUCUUUGUGCCGAAAGGUAUGACCCAGGAGCAAGCCGAACUCAUCAAAUCUAAACGACUUGAGUUACAGGCGUCAUCCAACACUCGUAGCAUAUCCCUCGAUGAAUUCACUGAAAUGAGAAGAAAGAAGACCGAACAGGGAAGACAGGCUCUCGAGGCUAUUCAACAAGAGACCCAACAGGAAGAAGGGGAGGGAGGGGCCGAAAAACCAGCGAUAAAGGGGCGUGACCGCUGGAAAGCACUGGCCAAUGUCCUCCAGAGCAACCCAGCAUCGUUCUCCCAGAUGGCAAAAGUAGCCGCCAAGCAACACCAGCAACAGUCGCAGCCACAUUCACAGCAGCAACAGCAAUCCCCACCGGCAACAGCACCGGCAGAGGAAAUGACAUUGAGGAAAGUGGUUAAAAUGGCAAGCGUCGUCAAUGCAAUGAGGGGAUUCACGAGGUAACAAGACAUUGGAUACCCAAUAUGCCCAAUGGAGAACCCCUGUCCAACCAAGGCAUGCCAGCUUUUUGUUAUACAUCACCAAAACGUAAGAAUACGGAGCCAAAGAUACAAGGAAUACCAGUUACCUCAGCGGAUCGUGAGAUCGAUAUGUCAUAUCAAAUUGAUUAAAUGAAUAAAAGUAUGUGUGCUAUUGCAUCGGUGGAGUUACAGGAUGUAGCCCUCACUAAAAUGUGGCGAGUAUGUUGGAAAGUAUGAAGUUAUAUACGGUGGCCUUAUACACGGAUGGCCUUGGCUAAAACCGCAUCACUUGGAAACCUUUGACUUCGCGCUCUUGAUAGGGACGCAUUACGAGACCACAGAAAAUGAGGUAUCCCCGCCUAUCCAACGUUAUGGAUGAAGUUAGCGUUGCGUUGACGAAACCUCAAGGGACUUUUUCGUGUACGAAAGAACGACGACGCAUUAUCGAUUACCGAUAGUUAUUCGAUCGAGGCGAGAGAGAGAGGAGGCCAUUGUGCCAGCAAUUAGAUUAACAUGUAUUGUUGAGUUAGACGACAUGUUAAAAUGUUCUUGCGACCAACUUGGUCCCAAAAGCGAACUGAUGGAACAAGAGACAUUCUCCGACAAAUUGUUUCAUGCUAAAAAGUCCAGAAACGACAUGGCUAAAUCAUUUGUUUCAAGGUUGUGACUUGCCAGCGUCUCAAUUUCUCGUAGGAGCAAAAUGUUAUCAAGUAUCUUCCGAGUUGAUACUACAGAUCAGGGAACAAUUAUUGUUUUUUUCUUACAGAUCCGUAUUCCCGUAAAAUUGCUAUGUGAUAGAACUGGAUGUUCGAUUGGGAGACAUUUUUUUUUUUUUGGGGGGGGGGGGUACUAAGGGUAUUUGAUUUUUAUCAAUAUUAACGGGACGAAAAUGGCGAAUGAAAAAAAUUCCAUGAAGUGGACAUUCAGGAUAAUAAUAUUCCGUAUUUAUACUCAGUGUCAUAUUGACAUUCAGGAUCCAAUGAAACAAAAACAUCUUUCAGACUUGAUUGGUAUGAUCGAGCCGACACAAUUCUAACAAUGUUAGGUUGCAUCAUCAGGUUUAUGUAGUUACUUUCUACCUUUGAAUCCAUUUAAUCAUAUUCCUAAUUAAUGAAUUAAUCUGCUAAUUAGCUAAUAGGCCUAUAACCCACUGAUUUUUUUUCUAACGAUAAAUGUAUUUAAGAGUCAAAAUGUAUUUAGUGUGUGUAUAUAUAGCACCUAAUACCUCUUCAUAAGAUGGCAUCGUCAGCAUCGUUAAACUUUCAAUUCGGUUUGAUGUUGUGUUCUAUGGUAAUUACCAACAGGGUGGGGGGGGGGGUCGGUUCAAGUAUAUGCAUUGACUUAGCAAUGCACCAGGUGGGUGUUUCAUAAAGCUGUUCGUGAGAUACGAAUGACUUUACGCACGACCGACUGGUGAUCCUUUCUUGUGCUAUCCCUAUGUAAUCGAUUCAUGACCUAAGAACAGGUUCCAGUCGUUCGUAACUUUACGAACAGCUUUAUGAAACACCCACCUGGUUCAAUACACAACCCAUUGAAAGUACUUUUGUUGUUCUUUGGAAGCAACCCAGUUAUGGCCGCCAUAAGUUGCAGUGAACUGAAAACGGAUUCAUCCAGAGGCGGAUCCAGGUUUUUCCAAAGGGGGGGGGACACAUUUUCCCGAGGAAAAAUCUGACAAGCAAAAAAUAAACAGAAGACAAAAAAGUCUUUACUUUCAAAGGGGGGGGGGCACACUUCUGUUUUAACGCCAUUUUUACACUAGAAAUUUUAAAUGUGCAUUAUAAAUGGGGGGGGGGACAUGGGCUGGCUUUGCCCCCCCUGGAUCCGCCAGUGGAUUCAUCUAUACACCAACCAAAGCAACAAACAUGUACCCUUCACACCACCACAUCCAGACAUGGACACCCACCCACACACACUGGAAGUGUCAUUUCAAUAAUCAAUUUGUCACUCUUCAUUUUACAAGUGGUCCAGUAUUUGGUCUAAUCACAUUCAUUAUUUAUCAAUUUACUAGUUUCUUGGUAGUUAUUGAUCCUCUGUCACAAGGGCAUUUUCACGGUAUAACUGACGUUACACGGCACAAUUUUACACACCUUUCAUUGUGUGUAUGACUGUUUUUAGAGAUCAUCAUACACACAAUGAAAAGUGUGUAAAAUCGUGCCGUGUAACGUCAGUUACCGUGAAAAUGCCCAUAAAUUACAAUACAAACCAUUUGUAUACAUAUCCUGGGCCUUUUCUCACAAAGAGUUACAAUUGAUCCAAUCAAUCAUAACUCUAUGGAAAUCCAUCAGUGUCAUAAUUAUUUUUUUCUGCAGGAAAUCUGCAAAAUGUCAGUUGUAAAACAAAUGAGAACAUCAAAUUUUCAAGAAAUCUAUGAAUUUAUGAAUAUACAUGUACAUUCAUAUCUUGAAUUUUUUUAAGAAACAUGCAUUUUAUUUGUUGACUCUGCUUGCCUUCCAUAGUUGCGAUUGAUCGGAUCAAUCGCAAUUCAUUGAAAAACGGCCCCUGAUGUUACUGAACAACAAACUUGGAAUCCAAGUUGAAUUACUUGUCCCAUGUGGUGUAAACUACCUCAAGGGGGGGGGGGGUCUUCUAAAGCUGUUCAAAACUUACAAACGACGAGGGCAUGCUUUUGAGUGCAAAAUGUAUUCUCAAUCGUUUUGAUUCCAUCAGAUAAAGUUGAGAUAUGAUCUUUGGAGUUUCAAGGCCCGUAUUCUGAACUGGUUUAAAGUUGUGGUUUAUGGAAAGCCAAUUGGGGCACAAAUCCUAACAAUACACAUCCAAUUUAUUAACUCAUAUGACACCAAAAUUGUUCAAAAUUGUCUGGGAAUGAUAACUGAAGUGUUUUGAAGUAGUAUUUUUCUUCAUAAUGAAUGCAAAAGGAAACAAAAUAGUAAACAUGAGAAAUACACAAUAUAAAUAGAUGAUUUUAAUUUUUUGGCUCUCCAUAAUUUUGCCACAGGGUUAGACCGUGGUUUAAGUUAAACCUGACUUCAUACUAGGGGCCUAAACCUCUUAUGAGCAAGCAUAUGCAUGCAAUGUUGACAUU